AUGCCUAAAGUGGAAGAGACUCUCGGAAACAUAGCCAAAGGAUCGAUCUACUCCAAACUUGACGCUAACUCAGGCUUCCACCAAGUUCCCUUAAGCGAGGAAAGCGCUAAGCUUACUACCUUUAUCACUCCUUUUGGGCGGUAUAUGUUUCGCCGUCUGCCAUACGGAAUCUCCUCUGCACCGGAAUACUUUCAGAAGAAAAUGGACCAGGAGCUGGCUGGACUAGAAGGCACACUAUGUCAUAUGGACUACAUCCUGGUCGUUGGAAAAGACCAAGCGGAGCACGAUAAGAUGCUGGCUGCCGUCCUUCACCGCAUCACGGAAAUCGGCAUGACACUGAACCCAGACAAGUGUAAGUUCUCAGAGAAGAAGAUUGAGUACCUUGGACAGGUAAUCGAUAACGAGGGGGAUCAAGAAAAAUCCCGCCAAGAGAGGACGCAACCACUUCGCGACCUGCUUAAGAAGAAUAGCGCAUGGGUUUGGGGCAAGGCGCAAGAUAAUGCCUUCGAUGACUUGAAAGAAGAAAUGGCUUCAGAGAGAGUGCUUGCACUGUAUAGCCCCGAGAAAGAGACUGUAGUUUCCGCAGCUUUCGAUUGGGGGCAGUACUCAUGCAGAAGCAGCCAUCCGGAGAAAUGCGUCCUGUUGCAUAUGCAAGCAGAUCUAUCUGCUAUCGGAUUAUCCAAAUCGGAGGAAGAAAAGGUCAGUUAUCUGUUGAUAUGGACGGGAGAAGAAGGAAUUGAAUUAGUUUCUACGUGGUCGCUAACCUCAGACGAGAAGAAAAAGCUGUCAACUUACUGGGAGAAGUUUGAAGAAUACGUCGCCCCCAAGAGCAAUUUUCGCUUAGCACGAUUUAAACUACGCACUCUGAAGCAAAGGGACGAUGAACCAGUGGAUUCAUUUAUAAAGAAAGUAAGAUUGCUAGCCAGCGAAUGCAGGUAUGAUAAUGUAGACGAACACAUUAUUGACGCUCUAAUUUUCGGGUCUCGCCGCCCACGUGUCCAGGCUAAACUCCUCGAGUUAGACAAAACUCUAACGCUCGCUAAGGCAAUAGACAUAGCCAGGACUGAGGAAGCCACUUCGGCUCAGUUACAAGAUAUUAGAGGCACAAACACUAUACCUGUACACGCAACAACCCACAAAAGCCCUUCUUCACAUCCCAAGACACACUCACGUGAAAAUAAACAAAUACAAACUUGUGGGAACUGUGGCACUAGCCAUAAUGUGACACAAAAAUCCCUGUGCCCCGCAAACGGAACAAAAUGCAGCAACUGUGGGAAACCAAACCACUGGGCCAAGGUUUGCCGUUCCACCAAACCCCAAGGUCCCACCCCGAGGGGAAGAGGCAGGCGGGGAAACUGGAACAAAUCAAAGCAACAGAUAAACACCCUCAGCAAUGAGAAUGCUAGCACUGCACCUGAGCCCCUAGAUUCCCCACAGUUAUAUUUUCACUCUCUGACCAUUGAUAGUAUGUCUCGACAGAUCACUCAAGCGCUCGUCAACAUACAGGUUAACUCGAGUAACGGGACACUACCACUGUUAUGCAAGAUUGACACUGGUGCUGAAGGAAAUGUGAUCCCAUUAAGCAACUACAAGCACAUCUAUCCAGAGUCACUCUGCGACAUAGACGGCAAGCCCCUCAGCUUAGCCCCAUCAGAUACAAGGAUAACAGCAUAUGGAGGCCAUGAAGUACAACACUACGGUACCUGCAACCUCACUUUACUACAUAACGGUCAGUCCAGCCCUCAUGAAUUUCAUGUUGUAAACACGACAGGACCUACAAUCCUAGGACUACCCACAUGUACUGCAAUGAAGCUUGUAACCCUUAACCACAGUCUAAGCAAAGACCAGGCUGAGCCAGCCGAAAUACGACCAGCUCAAGUACCCAAGGAUGACCCUGAGGCAAAGGCAGCUCUACUAAGACAGUAUGCUGACUGCUUCGAAGGCAUCGGAUGCUUCAGCGGAGAGUUCCAUAUCACACUUGACCCUACAGUACCCGCUGUGGUUCACCCGCCACGACGAGUCCCUGAAGCACUUCAGGAGCCUCUGCGCAAGGAGUUGGAAUCCCUCAUACAGCAAGGAAUCAUCACCAAGGUUGAUGAACCCACUGACUGGGUCAACUCGCUAGUCUGUUCCACAAAGCGGAAUGGCUCCAUACGACUCUGCCUUGAUCCAAAGGACCUCAACUGCGCCAUCAAACGUCCACAUCAUCGUACACCCACUCUUGAUGAAGUCUUAUCAAAGCUAAGUGGAUCCGAGUACUUCUCCAUAGUUGACGCCCGCAGCGGUUAUUGGAACAUAAAGCUUGACCAGGAAAGCUCACUCUAUACAACAUUCAACUCUCCCCAUGGAAGAUUCAGAUUCCUACGACUACCCUUUGGUCUGAUUUGUGCUCAGGACAUCUUCCAAAAGAAGGUCGAUGAAACCUUUGGUGACUUACCUGGGGUGACAGGCAUCACAGACGACAUAGUUGUUUACGGACGCAACCGUAAGGAGCAUGACAAUAACCUGAAAGCAGUAAUGGAGCGUGCCCGUGAAACUGGUCUGAAAUUCAAUGCUGACAAAUGCAAAAUUGCCAGCAAGGAACUUGUCUUCUUCGGACACACCCUAAGUGCAGAUGGUCUGAAACUUGACCCUGCUAAGGUUGAAGCCAUCAACAACAUGGAUCCUUCAACGAGCCUCACAGAUCUCCAAGUCUUCCUAGGUAUGACGCAAUACCUUAGCCGUUUCAUACCCAACCUCGCUUCAACAGCAGCGGUCCUCUGGGACUUGACAAGGAAAAGUAGUCAAUUCCAGUGGUGCCCAGAACACCAGAAAGCUGUAGAUGACAUCAAGAAACUCAUCACAUCGCCAGCCUCGCUGCAGUAUUUCGACAGCACCAAGCCUGUCGUAAUCCAGGUGGAUGCAUCUCAACGUGGCCUCGGCGCGACACUCAUCCAAGAUAAAGGCCCUGUGGAGUACAGAAGUAAGCUACUCACUGAAACCGAGAGGAGGUACUCCAACAUAGAAAGGGAAAUGCUUGCAGUCGUCCAUGGUCUCGAGAAAUUCCACUACUACGCUUAUGGACGCCACGUCCAGGUCCACACGGACCACAAGCCACUGGAGGCAAUAUUCAAAAAGCAUCUGGCCAGCGCGCCACCCCGCAUUGCCAGGAUGAUGCUGCGGAUACAGAAAUACGACAUCGACAUUCGAUAUGUCCCAGGGAAGGACAUACCCCUGGCCGACGCCCUCUCACGACUUAACCCAAGUCCCGGUGACACUAUCGCUGGACUUGAUGUCUCUAUACAUGAGCUACACUUGCACCUCAAUGCUAGCCCUACUAGGAUAACGCAGAUCCAAGAGGAGACGAGGAAGGACACAACACUUCACUCACUUUGUGCCGUCAUCGCCCAAGGUUGGCCAAACAAAAGAGCUGAAUGCCCUGAGUUACUACACCCAUACUGGAACUAUCGUGACGAACUUACUGUCGCCGAUGGAUUGGUCCUGAAGGGUACCCGAAUUGUAAUUCCAAAGACCCUGCAACCAGAUGUUCUACAGCAGCUACACUAUGCACACCAGGGUGCGGAAAAAUGCAAGCUCAGAGCCAAGGGAUCAGUCUUUUGGGCGAACAUCAAUGCCGACAUCGACAACAUGGUCAAGAGUUGUGCUCCCUGUCAGCAUAAUCAGUCCAUGAACACUAAAGAACCGCUAAUGCCUCAUGAUGUUCCACCAAGGCCCUGGCACACCCUAGCAUCUGACUUGUUCUCCUGGAACGGUUCACCAUACUUACUACUCUCUGAUUACUACAGUAAGUUCCCAAUUGUGCGCAAGCUAACUAACAUCCAAUCAUCUACUGUCAUCGCUCACCUCAAAGGAAUAUUUGAGGAACAUGGCAUACCAGACAAACUUGUCACAGGACAUGACACCCAGUUUACGUCUGCUCUAUUCAAGGUUUUCAGCAGCACCUAUGGAUUUAUUCAUACAACUACAAGCCCAUACUACAAGGAGGCUAAUGGCUUCAUAGAGAGAAAUGUGCAAACUGUCAAGGAUCUCCUUCAAAAGUGCAAGGAAUCAGGACAAGACCCACAUCUAGCCAUGCUGUGCCUGAGAACAACCCCUUUGGGUCACACCCUGCCAUCACCAGCAGAGUUGCUAAAUUCCAGAAUAUAUCAGUCUAACCUGCCAGCUACUUCCAGGCAUGCACUACUGAACAAACCUGACUAUGAUGCCAAUGUCAAGCUGCAAGCCAGACAAGACCGACAGAAAUCAUAUUACGACAGGACUUCCAAGUGUCUACAGCCUGUCUACCCUCAGGACGCUGUCAGAGUCUUCAACCCCCUCAACUCCAAAUGGGAGCCAGGAAUAGUUCGAGCCGCUGCGCCAACCCCACGCUCGCACAUUGUGGACAUGGCCAAUGGCAGUACUCUCACCAGAAACCGCAGACACAUUCGUCCCACAGGUGAAAAACUAAGCUUGAAUAAUACCUCAGCUACUGAUGACUACGAGCCUGUAGCAGAACCAGCACCUAACGGCAACCAACCCCCAACAGAGCCAAGGACGUCUACACCUGGUACCCCUGCGAAGUCCACACCUACCCAAAGUGGUCCACCAUUACGCAGAUCAACACGGACAGUGAAGCCCCCAGACAGACUGAACUUGUAG